AUGGUUUGGGCCAGGCAGAUAGACAACGAUGUGGGUGGGUUCCCGUUCAUGGACAAUUCGACGUCCGCGAUUAUCAACGACCUCAAACUCGCCGUUGCCAAGCAGGUCCGGACCAUGAUUAUUAUUCUUGCUGGAUUCAAUAUUGCCAUGGCUGUGGUUCUGGCAUUCGUCAUUUUUCGGAAUUGUUACAAGGGAGCGAAGAGGAGUGAUCCAGCUUUUGGAUUUCGUUCGUCAGUCUUCAAAUUUAUAGAAACAUCAGAAAUAUUCCCUUUCGUCUUGUCUAUCGGCAUAGCAAUACAGGGUAUUGUAUAUGUGGUUAGCCAGACCAAGGGACUGGAGGGGCUUCUUAUCCUCGGAUGCACGUCAAUAUCUCAGGCUAUGUUGCCGGCCUUAUUUACUGUUCCCUAUAUACAGCUCAUCUUUGGUUUGGAAACAACGGUGCAGGCACUGAGGCGACGACCAUUUGAACGGCGAUCCAGAUGGGUCAUCGUUGCCUGUCUUGUCACUGUCAUCAUUGGUGCCGUGGCGAUGUACGUGGUAACGCGCUUUAUCAGGCCGCCAGACCUGUGCUAUGCUUCUCUUUUCUGGUUUGUCCAGACUUGGAGACUUGAGUCGUUCAUCCUGUUAACGACAAUUUCUUGCAUCCUGAUCAUCGGGGCCAUAAUCAUAUUUGUUCGGCUACAUCGAGACCCAUCAGUCGGCAUUAUUGAAAGGACGGGCGCCUCUAGAAUGGUCUACUAUAUGAUUCUGGGCGCUGUCAUAAACGGCUUGAUGGCUCCCUUCUUCUUUAGCAUCUCGUCUCAAAACCCACUCGCACUGACACAAAUACAACUGAGCCUAAAUAUGGUGGCUUCUGUGGCAAGUAACGUAUCGGGGAUCACAUUUGGCGUCCUCUAUCUCUUUCUCCGCUCCCGAAAGAUGCAGAAGAUUGGUCCGUUAGGACACCUUGAACUCGGCGCUCCGCGAAAAGAAAAAUCCGUCGAAUCAUGGCCCGGGACAGAUAUUUUCAACACGCAGAUCGAGCAACCAGUAUCACCGGCGAGGAUAUUUGAGUCUCGCGCAAGUACAAGAAUGUCAGAGGCUAUUGGAGAGACUGCAGAGAACACAAACGGAAAUGGUCACGGCUUUGAGACGAUCCCUAUAACACCUCUAUUCAACAGAGUCGCUGCUGACGGCUCCGAAUUGAUGAAUGUGGCUCCGUCGCCCGUUGUGACUCGGGCUCGGAAAGACUCGUACAGUCUGUUUCCAAGUCAACGAGAGGCGGUUGAAGCAAGACCCAAAACCAGCAACAGCAUUCUUCUCCCUUCCACGACAUAUUCGCCAACAGGAGGCAACGAAAAUACGGCACGAGGCAACGAGAUGUUUAUAGACUUGUUGCCGCCACCUUCGAUCCGCAUUUCGGGCGCUCCUAGACACAACCGAGACUCUUCGCUGGUGUCUUCCGCGACAGUCCAGAUUGGUCUAAGAGUAUCCAAUCUUGCCGAUGUGACGCGCUUGGAAGCCCCGUUCUACUUUUCCCCCGAGCGGCCCUUUUCACCUACUCGACCCGAUUCCUCGUUUGCCGCCAGGCCCUCAUACACACCCUCUACUCGUGACAUCGGCCUAGCUGUCAGUGAUGAUUACAGGAAUUCGGCUUGUUCGCCUAUUAGAGCAACCGCUGAGAUGGAGCAAAGUGAAAAGCCUAUCACUCUCAGUCCUACAGUAUACAGCCCAAACAACGCUUCCGUUUCUCCACGGGCAAAGACAAGCCGCCGAAGUAUUGACUCUGUUCCUUCAACGCCAGGUGCUUCCAACGCCGAUGCUAGUCAUUCAGUUGGAACAACGGAAUGGAUUUAG